CGUGGAAAAAGGUGGUGAGUCAUGCAUGCAGCCAGAUCAAUUUGUAGGGCAUGAUUAGAUCCUAAUUUUCUAAAGUAGCUUUUCCGGCAAUUUGAAGAUGGAGAAAAGGUGGUGGUCUUCAAAAAAGAGACAAUAGGAAAAAGGAUGCAUGGAGGAUAGGAUAGGGGGAAUCAUCAGUCACGCACUCACACCUGAGCACUUGAGCUCGCUGAAGACUGAUCGAAGCUAUCGAUCGGCAUCAUAUAUAUGGCAGCGAUUUUUUUUCAAUAUAAUGUACCCUCUAAUGAUUAAGAGCCGUAUUGCUUUAGAUCUAAUAGAUCUCUAUUAUAUAUCGUAAAAUCUAAACCGAGAGGCUUCUCGCUUUAGUCGUAUCACGCGACACGCCUCACAGCCGUUCGAUCGUGCUUGUCAUCCUGACGUACAACCGCGUGUGCUACAAACUUGUCGCGGAUUAGGACUAGCGCGCUACUAUAUAUGCACCGUGUAGUUGCGUCCCACUACUUAAGUUUCCCAAACAGGACUAGUUUGACCUACUUCGUUCUUAGCCCAAAAACACACAACACUCUCAGUGGCCACUGCCCCUCGUCCACUAGUUCGAUCGAUCGCCGCCGCCAUGUCGUCGUCAUCAACAUCCUCUGCCAGCAACAACGGCAUCCCUUCGCGCUCGUCGUCGUCGGCGAUCGUGGUGAGCGGGUGCCAUGUCCUCAAGAUCGACGGCUACUCGCACACCAAGGAGAUGCUCUCCCAAGGCGACUGCUCCAGAUCGUGCACCUUUCGCGUCGGAACGCAUUCUUGGUACCUCGAGUACUACCCCAACGGCAGAUCCUUGCACAACGCCAGCGACCACAUAGCCAUCUGCCUCGUCCGCGACGACGACGACGGCGGCGACCUUGGAUACGGCGGCGCCGCGCGCGAGCAGAUGACGGCUCGGUUCCACCUGCUCGACCACCACGCCGGGAAGCCGGUGCCCGGGCACACCCGCGGCGUCACGUCGCCGCUGCUGAGCGGCAAGGUGUGGGCGUGCUCCAACUUGGUCACGAGGAAGGAGCUGGAGGAGCACGUCCUCGACGGCGACUGCUUUGCGGUCAGGUGCGACAUCACCAUCGUCAAGGUUCCCCGUCGUGCUGCACCGGCACCGGCGGUCGUCGUCGACGUGCCGCCGGCUGCUGCAGCAGCUGCUCCGGAUCUGCCAAGCCAGAUGGGCGCCCUCCUCCUGAGCAUGGAGGGCGCGGAUGUGACGCUCCAGGUGGGCGGCGGCGAGGUCGAGACGACGACGUUCGCGGCGCACCGGUGCGUGCUCGCCGCCCGGUCGUCGGUGUUCAGGUCGGAGCUCUUCGGCGCCACCGCCACCUCCAAAGCCGGCAGCGGCGGGCUCGUGCACGUCGUCGACGACGGCAUCGGCGCGCGGGCCUUCGAGGCUCUGCUCCGCUUCAUAUACACGGACGCGCCGCCGGAGCUCGACGAAGAAGACGACGACGCCUCCUCCAUGGCUCGGCUCCUCCUCGGCGCGGCGGAUCGGUACAACGUGGAGCGGCUGAAGAUGAUCUGCGAGAACGAGCUGUGCAAGCGGAUCGACGUGAACACCGUCGCGACCACGCUGGCUUUGGCUGAGCAGCAUCACUGCUCUAGCCUGAAGAAAGCGUGCAUGGACCUCGUCGACGCCAACCCGAGAGCGGUCGAGGCGGCCGGUGGCUUCGAGUAUCUGUCCAACAAGUGCCCGUCUAUCUUGAGGGAGCUAAUCGCGAGGCUUGCUGACUUUGAUUUGAAGAACGAUGGGUAAAUUUCGCAAAAUUACAAAUACUCUGUUAAACUAGCUACCCAUGGAAUUCAGAUCCUCUGCUGUGGAGGAGAAAAUGCAUAGGUGCUAUAGUGCCCGGUAUUAGGAGAACUGUGGACCGUCCGAUCGAGGACGGAUGGACAAGAUAAGGCGCUGCUACAGUACUGCCAUCCCUGUAGGUGCAGUAGAGAUGGCAAUGAGGACCCAUGACCCGAUACCCGACGGGUCUUUACUCUAUUGGAAGCUAAUCAUGUUCUAACUCUUAUAUCCAUGGGUCUAUUGACGAACGAAAACUCUUACCCAUUGGGUACAUUC